AUGCCGUUCUGCAUCUCCGCUCUAAUCGCUACGCUGAUUACAUUGGCUUGCACACUCGUUGGCGCCCAAUCUCUUCCCGAGCUUACUCCUCGUCAGCUCGCUGUGCAUCAGCUUGUCAACGCUUCCCGUAUCCUCGCCUAUCAGGGCAUUGCCGACGACUCUCUCGGCCAUAUUUCAGUCCGCGAUCCACUUGCACCCGAUACCUCCUACCUUGUCACCGGCGGUAGUAGCUCUGCAGCCCAUGUCACUCCAGCCGACAUCGCCAUCGUCAGGAUCAACGACUCGGUCAUCACUUCGGCUGCUCUCAGCGACUAUGAUCCACCUCUCCGACCUGCAGAGAUCUUUAUCCAUUCUUCCAUCUACCAGAGGUUCCCCAACACCACCGUCAGCAGCGUCGCUUUCUAUCGCUCAGAGCAGUUGCUCCCUUGGUCGCUUUACAAUACCAACACAAGCAGCCUGACCUCUUCAAGUGCGACUGCGGCAGAUCUGACCGCUUUCUUCGCUGCUACUUCCGGCACUGCUUUCAUGGGUCCGCAUCCAGCUCCGGUCUUUGACGUCUUCGACGCCGAGCCCAGUACGACUAGUGUCGCAGUCGACAACACCGUCAAAGGCUUUGGUCUGGCUCAGAAGUUCGGUCCCGCGAACGCUUCGGUGCAGACGAUCAACGAGACAGACGGCUUCCGUCCCCUUGUACUCAUGCGUAACGAUGGAGCCACCGUCGUUGGCACCACUGUUCCCGAAACAGUCUAUCGCUUUGUUCAAGCUGCCAAGAGCGCUCGCGUCCAGUAUCACGCUUCUUCUCUCACCUCCGUCAGUGGCUCUGCGCCGCAGUUCCUGCCCGACCAGGCCACUAAGACCACCGACCAGUACCUGCCCAGCUGGCUACUUUGGAUGUCCCAGAUCGAGCCUUCCAUCAAUGCCGACUCCACUCGCAGUCCCGAGCUCUGGAAGGGUGACGGAACCACGAGCCCUGUCAGUGCCAACAGCGGCGGUCAGGCGAUUCAGCUACCCUUCAAAUCCUUUGCCUCGAUGCUGCCCGUCUGUGCAGCGCUCAUCCUGGCUGCGAUGCUUUGA